AUGUCAUUUGUAAAACUCAGCAUCUUUGGAACCUCCUUCGAGGUCACAACACGAUACGGGGACCUACAACCCGUCGGAAUGGGUGAGUUCAAUGUAAAUAGCUCGGCAAGGGACCAGCUCACUGAGUCGGCAGUGGCGAUCAAGAAGAUCAUGAAACCAUUCGGGACACCAGUUCUCGCAAAGAGGACAUACCGUGAACUCAAACUUCUCAAACACAUUCAACAUGAGAACGUUCGUGAUCUCAGCCCAAUUUCCUGUGAUCGGAUGCUGAGAUACUUUGUAACGGAACUACUCGGCACGGACCUCCACCGUUUACUGACCUCCCGACCGCUGGAAAAGCAAUUCAUCCAAUAUUUCCUGUACCAAAUUCUGCGGGGGCUCAAAUAUGUUCAUUCCGCCGGUGUCGUCCACAGAGACCUUAAACCCAGCAACAUCCUCGUGAACGAAAAUUGCGAUUUAAAGAUCUGUGAUUUUGGGCUCGCACGGUUGCAGGACCCCCAAAUGACUGGCUACGUCUCAACAAGAUAUUAUCGCGCACCAGAAAUCAUGCUUACAUGGCAAAAGUAUGACGUAGCGGUGGAUAUCUGGAGCACAGCGUGUAUAUUUGCAGAGAUGUUGGAAGGGAAACCAUUAUUCCCAGGAAAGGAUCACGUGAAUCAGUUUUCGAUCAUCACAGAGCUCUUGGGCACACCUCCAGAUGACGUUAUAGAAUCCAUUGCGAGCGAAAAUACCCUCCGAUUCGUUCAAAGUCUGCCCAAGCGGGAGCGCGUACCCUUCCGCAACAAGUUCAAAAACACCGAUGAAGAUGCACUCGACCUCCUCGAGAAGAUGCUUGUCUUUGAUCCCCAUAAGAGAAUCAACGCAACUGAAGCAUUGAGCCACUCUUAUGUAGCUCCAUAUCAUGAUCCCACAGACGAGCCAGUCGCUGCCGAGCCUUUCGACUGGAGCUUCAACGACGCUGACCUACCAGUAGAUACAUGGAAAGUCAUGAUGUACAGCGAGAUUCUUGACUUCCAUCAGAUUCCUGGGAGUGAAAGCAACGAGAGUUCGGCGCUCAGUCCUCACACACGAGAGGAUGCCGUUCCGACCUUCCAAGCAAUGCGACUGGUAUGUAAUUACAAUUUGCAUUCGAUGUACACAUGA